GUCACGGCUUUACUUCCGGGUGGAUGCAGCUGGAAGACAGUUGUGUUGUUGGUGUCACAGGUGGAUAUGUCAGUAGUUGAAGUAAAAAUGUGUUCAGCUUUGAGACAUUUUAUAAACGUGAGAUUAACUGCUGCUGCUGAAGAAAUAUUCUCAGAGUUUGAGAAAACCAUCGUCCGGUACGAGGAGGAGAUCGACCGUCAGCGCAGACUGCUGGAUAACAUCUGGAAACCACAGAUAACACAACACACAGCAGACGUCCCACGGCAGCAUGUCUGUAAGGAGGAGGAGGUUCUCGCUGAACAGCAUCACUGUAACCAAAAUAGGAACUUCAGUUGGGACCAGGAGGACUCAGAGUCUCCACUAUUUAAAGAAGAACAGACAGAACUCUGCACCAGUCUUGACCAGGUGGAACCAGAACCUUUACAAAUUGAAGAGGAACAUGAGGAACUCUGCAGCAGUCACAAAGUAGAGCAGCUUGUAGUGAAGCUGGAGACUGAUGUCUGUAUGGUGAUUCCUACUUGCGAGGAAAGUAACGACAGUGAACCAGAACCAAGCAGUUACCAGGUUCUCCCCCACACCUCCUCUGUAGGUGAGGGCACAGAUCAGACAGGAAGCAAAUGUGUAAAAUCAGCAUCAGUUAGAACUGUAGAGCUGAAGCCAAAGAAUGGACAUGACAGCAACAGCAGUCACAGUAACAGUGUGGACAACUCCCCCAUAUCAGAAAGUCACUGUGAUACUGACAAAGAGAAAAAGUCUGUAAAAUGUGAAGUUUGUGGAAAAGGCUUUAAGUACAGGUCAGAAAUGAAGAAACACCACAGAACCCACACAGGUGAGAAACCGUACCUUUGUAACACUUGUGGAAAAAGAUUUUCUGCAUCAUCUGCAUUUAAAAAGCAUAAACUGAUACACACGGCUGAAAAACCGUAUGCGUGUAACUAUUGUGGAAAAGGUUUUACUGACUCGACAGCAUUUAAAAAACAUACAGCAAUCCACACAGGUGAGACACCGUAUUCUUGCAAAAUAUGUGGUAAAUUCGUCUCAAGUAAUGCGAUUUUGCUGGCCCACAUAAGAACCCACACAGGGGAGAAGCCUUAUGUUUGCAAAGCCUGCAGAAAAAGGUUCAAUUCCAUGUCAGCACUUAAAACACACAUGAGAAUCCACACAGGUGAGAAGCCGUACCUUUGUAACAUGUGUGGGAAAAGAUUUUCUGACUCAUCAGCAUUUAAAAGGCAUACCUUAAUCCACACAGGUGAGAAGCCUUAUUCUUGUAAAACAUGUGAGAAAACCUUUAGACACAAAUGCCAUUUAACAGCUCACAUGAGAACGCACACAGGUGAAAAGCCUUUCCCCUGUGAGACCUGUGGGGAAAGAUUUCAGUAUGCAACAACACUAAAAAAUCACAUAAGAACUCACACAGAUGAGAAGUCACAAUGCUGAGAUAUGAGCUUGAUAAAAGGUUAAAAAAAAGGUAGGUCUUUUAGAUUUAAAGCCCCUUAAGACUGGGCUUGAACAACGACCCUUAGAGUUUGUCGCAUGUGACACAGAGAUGAGUCUGAUAAAUUCUGGUUUCUGUCUGUGUGAAACUAAACAAUUUGAACUGUCCAGUGGGUAUGUGGUGACUUUUACAGAAACACGUUGCAUUUUCACUUUAACUCUCCUUUGUCAUUUUGGUUUGUGUUUGCAUCUCAACUUUGUUUAAAAGAACACACAUCAACUCUGUGUUGAAGCUGAGAAACCUUCUAGUGCUUUCUGUCAACUGAGGUCUGUAGUAGGGAGGUUAAGCAACUUUUGACUUCGAAUGAUGAUGCAAAGGUCCCCUUUGGUAUGGAAGUACCUUAGGAUCAUACAAGUAAAUUUAUCCUAAGACACAAGUGAGAUUAUGCUUUGGCGGCCAUUUUAAAAAUGGUCAAAAGUCUAUUUUUUGGGCUUAACCUCCCUACUAUAAACUCUGGAUUUGCAACACAGUGGGUAUGGGUACGUCACUAUGGUAACUUAUGCUGAACACCUAAGAGGAUUUAGAGUAGCAAUUUUAAAGCCAUAUUACUGUUGUGUGUUCCACUGUAGGACAACAUAAUCCUAAAGCAGAAACUGAACAGAACAGUAACGCUUUAAAGUGUGCCUGCUGACCUUUUAUGACUUGCAGUAAGUUUACUUAUCGGUUUCAGUGAUGUUUUAAUAUUUGUUGUUUACCUGCACCAAAACUGCAUAACGUCAGCAGCUAAAAGAAUAAAACUAAAACUGUUUUUACACACCAUAUGAGUGAGAUUGAAUGAAGAUUGACAGUCAGAUUACUGAUUUUAUCUUCCACAUCCUCAUGAGUAGCAUGAAGGGACUACAACUGUAUUUUCAUUUUACAAUAUUUUGAAUCAGAAACCUACUUUCAGCAACUUCUACACAACAUGGGGACAGUGCUAUUUAUAAGCAUACUGAUUCUGCAUUCGGUCUGCAGGGUUUUUUAUAUGUUGUAUGGCUUUUACUGUGUAUUAUAUUUCUGAAGUCCUCACAUUGUAUAUAUAGGUUUGUUCUUGUGAGAACGAAACAUCUCUUGGCCUGUCUGCGUUUGAAAUGUUUUGUUUUUUUUUGCCAAAAAUGUAACGUUUCUUACACCAAUCAGGCAUGAUAUUAUGACCACCUGCCUAAUAUUGUGUUGGUCUCCUUUGUGCUGCUUAAACUCCUCUGACCCAGCGGCCAUGGAACCAGGACCUCUGGGGAUGUUCUGUGGCACUGGAAUGGUAGCAGUGAAUUCUGUGGGUUGCAGGGUGGGUUCUACUUAGAUCAGGCUUACUCUGGCAGAUCCCAUCGAUGCUCAAUAAGAUUUAAAUCUGGGGAGUGUUGAACCCAGCGGAAAAGUUCCCCGGGCCACUCCUGAGCAGUUUUUACAGUAUGUCUGGGUGCUUUGUCCUGCUGAGAGUGGAAACUGGCAUCAAGGACCCACAGGGGUUAAGGCUUUGAGGGGGUUGCUUGACCUGCAAUGCUUAGGUGGGUGGUACAUGUCAAACGUCCACAUGAUUGUCAGGACUCAAGGUUUCCCAGCAGAAUGUUGCAUUAGAAAAGAUGAUCAGUGUCAUUCACAUCACCUGUCAGUGGUCAGAAUCUUGUGGCUAAUCGAUGUUUGAACACACUCUAAGCUAAGUUCAGAAACCCCAGGUUGACUUACCGAGUCGAUAACCAGCUUUACCUUGCUGUAGUAAUUAGGUUUAGUAAAUCCAGUUAACGCCAAGAUAUCCUGGCUUUGUUAUGCUUGCUUCAUAGUGCAACCUUCUGGAGUCUUUUCUCUUUUGUGUGGAACACGAUGUCAUGUUUGUAUGGAUUUAGUGAUUUGCAUCAACCUCCGAUUGUUUCAGAUUUAGAAAUGGCACUAACUAAUUGUAACAGAUGAAAAUUGUGGUGUUUUAUAAGGUGCUUUAGAAAUAAACUUUCUGGUAUUGGAAAGAAAAAAAAAGCUUGACACCAAGAACAUUUUUUCACUUCUGCUUAUUCAAACUGAUUAAAGGAUUCGUGAAACUGCAAGUACCUUCAACUUCAGUGGUGUAGUAGUAGUGUUUAUUAUUACUAUCGAGUCACAAAAAUCAAAGAUUCUUAGCAAUCUGAGACUCACAUGACUCAGUGUGUGAACAGUUGUCAAACUACCUGGGGAACAAUGUCAGGACUUCAUUUUAUGUGGCUGAUAGGUGGUUGUAGAGCCCCUCCCUGAGCCAUGUGAGCAGAGGGUGAGGAUAAAUACCUAGAACACCCCACAAGUCAAUUAAAACUGAGAAAGCUUCAAUGUGAUAUGAAAUGUCUUCAAGAACUGAAAAGAAAUUCAGUUUCCUUCAACUGGGAAAGGAUUACCAUGACUACAGAGAAUCCACACAGACAUAAAGGAGUUAAUCUUUUGGAAAAAUCUAAUAUUUUGAUUAUUCAGUCACAUUUAUAUGAAAAAAGCCACAUUUCCCCUGAAACCACAUCAUCAGUAAUUAAUUUCUGGUCCACAGUCUGGUCUACAACCACCAGUUUAUCAGCAAGUUUAGUGUAACAUCAGCAGAGAAUAAAAGGCACAUUUCAAAUUCCCUCUACUGGUGGGUUAAAGUGAAUUUAUUUUAUUUUUAACUUUGCAUACUUACAGUCUAACUAGACAUCAAAUUUUGUAUGAACAUUAUAAAUUAAAGCCAUAAACUAAAUGUGGUUCAACUACAGAGUCCAGUGUUUGCCUGUAUAAUACGAUAAAGUAGAAAUAUGUUUAACAUAAAAUAGUUUUCAAAUAUGUUUCCAUUACAUGGAAUAUUUCUGAGGACAGUCAUGUCGUGCUAAGAUUACUUGAGUAAAUGUACUCAGUUACUUUCCAAAUUCCUCUAAUUCUAGUUGUUCAAUAUGGAAGUGAGCCAUUCUGACAUUUGAUUUUUAAGAAAAACUCUUGUCAUGUUGAUAUAUAUCGCUUAUUCACAAAAAAGGAGAGAAAGUUGUUGCACUUCUGCCCACAGAUGUGUCAGGACUUGAUUUUCCAUUCAUGUGAGUUCUCAUGUAGACAGCGGAAGUAUCAUUUCAACUGAAAUCUUUUCCAGACAUUCACAUGGUUGCGGUUUCUCACCAGUACGGACUGCUGUGUGCUUUAAAGGGAUGACGAUGCAGCAAAUCUUUUACCGCUCAUGUUAUAGUGGUGAGGUCUCUCACCUGUGUGCUUUGUCAUGUGACUUCUAGCACUGCCUUGAGACUAAAUCCUCCUUCAGAAGUGUUACAGGAGUAAAGCUUCUCAUGUAGACAGCUAAAUUAUUCUUUAAAGUGAAUUUCUUGCCACAUAUUUUGCAAGAACACAGCUUCUCACUUGUGUGGACUGCCACAUGCUUUAUAAAUGCUGACAAGUCAGUAAAUGUUUUCCCACAGGUGUUAUAAAGGUAAGGUUUCUCACCUGUGUGGGUUCUUAUGAGAUGUUUCAGCUGAGAGCUGAAAACUUUUCCCACAUUUCACAUGAAUAUAGCUUUUCAUUUAUGUUAGUUCUUAUGUGACUAUUCACUGCUGAUACGUCUGUAAAUUUUUUGCCACAGGUGCUGCACAGGAAAGGCUUCUCACCUGUGUGGAUUCUGAUGUUUUUUCAUUUGCGAGUCUUCCUUAAAGGCUUUUCUACAGACAUCACAUUUUACAGAUUUUUUCCCUGUUGUUAGCGUCACAAUGACUCUCAGACAAGAAACUGUUUUCUAUCAGUUCUAUAUACACUGUACGUUGUCUGCAACGUUAUUGGUGGUUUCCAGAUGUUAUCCAGCAGUUUGUGCUGACGAUCGAUCUCGUCCUCAUACUGGACAUUUUUUUCAAACUCUGAACAUUUCUUCAGCAGCAACAGUUAGUUGCUCAUUGAUCAACUUUCUCAGAUUCUGAACUGAGCACAACUACUGAAACACUGAUCUGAUACGACAAAACAACCGUCCUUCAGCUCAGUGCACACAUCAGUAAGGCUCACACUGUGAGGUUCCGACAGAUUAGGACAGUUAGCUCCAUCAUGUACAUCUUUCUGUUUUUUUUCUGUUAGAAAACACUUUGUUUAGAUCCUCAGAUACAGUUUAUAGUGGGGAUAAUAAUUCUGCAUUCCUUAUUGAGGCAAAUUUUCUGUAAGUGUUGGAUUAUGGUGUUAUUUUAUACAUAUAUUCUAAACAGUAGCCGGACUCAUCAACAGGACCGCUGAAGCUGCCUCUCUCCUCCCACAAUAAACUCGAUGCAUUACAUUAAUGCUUUUAAUAGAGACUAUUAUUAUUAUGAUACGUUACCAUUCAAAAGUUUGGGGUCACUUAGAAAUGUUCUUAUUUUUAAAGAAAAAAUUGUUUUGUUCCCAAUGAAGAUAACAUUAAAUAAAUGAUAAAUCCAGUGUAGACAUUGUUAAUGUAGUAAAUGACUGUUCUAUCUGGAAAUGGAUGAUUUUUAAUGGAAUAUCUCCAUAGGGGUACAGAGGAACAUUUCCAGCACCCAUCACUCCUGUGUUCUAAUGCUACAUUGUGUUAAUUAAUGGUGUUGAAAGGCUGAUUGAUGAUUAGAAAACAUUUGCGCAGUUAUGUUAGCACAUGAAUAAAAGUGGGAGUUUUCAAAAAAAAAAACUUCUGAAUGGUAGUGCGUGUCAGUUUUUUUUACACAAUACACUCUGUACAAAUUCUCAAUUGAAUUAUUUGCACAUUUGUGUACACUGUAUAUAUUUCUAAUCAUUUCUGUUAUCUGAACCUCCUUGGAUUUGCUAUAUUUGCUUUGUAUUUGUCUAAUGACAUUCACUGACUAUUAACUCUGCUGUCUUUUUAUAGAUUCUGACACCUUAGCUACCACCUUUUAGCCUUGGACUAUCAUUUUGCAGAGAUUUAGCACAGAUAUCUAAUUUAAAAAUGUCCUUAGCUAGCCUUUGUUUGUCAGCUUCUUACAUUUUAUUGAAACAUUAAUAGACACAUUCUUGCUGGCAAAUUUCUUUGAGUAAAGAAACUUUAUUUAUAUAGCACCUUUAACAUAAGAUAAAAAUUAUUUGAGCUACUAAAAUGGGUGACUACAGAAGUAAUUGACUAUUGAUAUAUAGUAAAUAUGUGAAUAAAUGACACCCCUUAAGUUUUCAAA